AUGCCCAAGCUGUGGAAUAGUGUCUACAAUGCGCAGUGCAAUGCCUUGGGCUCCAGUGAUCUAAUAGAAGCGCAGCAACCCAAGAAUCUGAGCAAGACACGCACCAGCAAUAGCAGUCGCAAUAGCAAGUAUUGGAUAUUCUCCAUGAUAAUCGAGCGCAGUGCGGGACCGAAGCGCGUGGAAAUGGCUGGCGAGGAUAUGGAUACCGAUACCCCACUGGAGGCCAUAUUGCCGACAGAGCAAGUCGAGCAGGUUUGCCUGCUGCGUGACAGUCCGUUUAGAAUAUUGCGGGCAGCAGAAUCUGGCAACUUGGACGAUUUUAAACGAUUGUUUAUAGCGGACAACACGCGCAUUGCUUUAAAGGAUGGCAAAGGACGCACUGCAGCGCAUCAGGCAGCAGCUCGAAAUCGUGUGAACAUAUUACGUUAUAUACGCGAUCAAAAUGGCGACUUUAAUGUCAAGGACAAUGCGGGAAAUACGCCACUGCAUAUUGCUGUUGAGUCGGAUGCCUACGAUGCUCUGGACUAUUUGCUAUCCAUUCCAGUGGAUACGGGCAAUUUGGAUGAGAAGAAACAAGCGCCGGUCCAUCUGGCCACCGAACUCAACAAAGUCAAGUCGCUGCGUGUGAUGGGCCAGUAUCGCAAUGUUAUCAACAUUCAGCAGGGCGGCGAGCAUGGACGCACCGCACUCCACUUGGCCGCCAUCUAUGAUCACGAGGAAUGCGCCCGUAUCCUGAUUACAGAGUUCGAUGCAUGCCCCCGUAGACCCUGCAACAAUGGUUAUUAUCCCAUACACGAAGCGGCUAAAAAUGCCAGCUCCAAGACAAUGGAAGUCUUUUUUCAGUGGGGCGAGCAACGCGGUUGCACUCGCGAGGAGAUGAUAUCAUUUUACGACUCCGAGGGCAACGUGCCGCUGCAUUCGGCGGUGCACGGCGGCGACAUUAAGGCCGUGGAGCUUUGCCUUAAAUCUGGCGCUAAAAUAUCCACGCAGCAACAUGAUCUCUCCACGCCCGUGCACUUGGCGUGCGCCCAGGGUGCCAUUGAUAUAGUCAAGCUCAUGUUCGAAAUGCAGCCGCUGGAGAAACGCAUUUGUCUUAGCUGCACCGACGUGCAGAAGAUGACGCCAUUGCAUUGCGCCUCCAUGUUUGAUCAUCCGGAUAUUGUCUCGUAUUUGGUGAAUGAGGGUGCCGAAAUCAAUGCCCUGGACAAGGAACAUCGUUCGCCUUUGCUCUUGGCUGCUUCACGCAGUGGUUGGAAGACGGUCCAUCUGCUCAUCCGUCUGGGUGCCAGCAUAAGCGUUAAGGAUGCCGCUGCACGCAAUGUCCUGCACUUUGUCAUUAUGAACGGCGGUCGCUUGACCGACUUUGCCGAGCAGGUAGCCAGCUGCCAGACCCAAGCGCAGUUACAAUUGCUGCUGAAUGAGAAAGACAACAUGGGCUGCUCCCCAUUGCAUUAUGCAAGUCGUGAUGGCCACAUACGUUCGCUGGAGAAUUUGAUACGUCUGGGCGCUUGCAUAAAUCUCAAGAAUAACAACAAUGAGAGUCCAUUGCACUUUGCAGCGCGUUAUGGUCGCUACAAUACAGUGCGACAGCUGCUGGACUCUGAGAAGGGUUCGUUUAUUAUCAAUGAGAGUGAUGGCGCGGGCAUGACGCCACUACAUAUUGCAUCUCAGCAAGGACAUACGCGAGUGGUGCAGCUGCUCUUGAAUAGAGGUGCGCUGCUGCAUCGCGAUCAUAGUGGACGCAAUCCGUUGCACUUGGCAGCCAUGUCCGGAUAUACAGAGACCAUAGAGUUGCUGCAUUCAGUACAUUCGCAUCUGCUGGAUCAGGUGGACAAAGAUGGCAACACUGCUUUACACUUGGCCACCAUGGAGAACAAGCCGCAUGCCAUAUCCGUGCUCAUGUCCAUGGGCUGCAAACUUGUCUAUAAUAUCUUGGACAUGAGCGCCAUUGACUAUGCCAUCUACUACAAAUAUCCCGAAGCAGCCUUGGCCAUGGUUACACACGAGGAACGCGCCAAUGAGGUCAUGGCCCUGCGCUCCGAUAAACAUCCUUGCGUCACUCUAGCGCUGAUUGCAUCUAUGCCCAAAGUUUUUGAAGCUGUGCAGGAUAAGUGCAUAACAAAGGCGAAUUGUAAGAAGGAUUCCAAGAGUUUUUAUAUUAAAUAUGCAUUUUGGCCGUUUCAAAAGACGCCCGAACAAAUUGAGGAAAAGCGUAAAGAAUUCAAUGAUCCCAAAUGGCGUCCGUCUCCAUUGGCUGUGGUGAAUACUAUGGUUACUCAUGGACGUGUCGAGCUGCUGGCGCAUCCAUUGAGUCAAAAAUACUUGCAAAUGAAAUGGAACUCCUAUGGCAAAUACUUUCAUUUGGCUAAUCUGCUGGUCUACUCCAUUUUCCUGGUAUUUGUUACGAUCUAUUCCUCGCUAAUGAUGAACAAUAUCGAGUUAACUUUUAAUGGCAAACGCAUACAAAUACAAAACUGUACGCUAAUCUCGGAACUACCCAUGGCUUCGAAUAACUCUUUGAAUACGCUAAGUACUGGACAUUUGCAUUGUGUGGAGCGCAUAAAUCGCACUACAGCAAUUUUAUUUUGCGCUGUAGUUAUUGUUGUCUAUAUAUUGCUCAAUUCCAUGCGUGAGCUUAUACAAAUUUAUCAGCAACGUUUGCAUUAUCUGGUGGAGACGGUGAAUUUGAUAAGCUGGGUUUUAUACAUGUCCGCUUUGAUAAUGAUAGCACCCGCUUUUCAAGCCGAUGGUCAAAUCAAUACCAUUCACUACUCGGCAGCUUCAAUUGCAGUAUUUCUAUCCUGGUUCCGUUUGUUGCUAUUUCUUCAACGCUUCGAUCAAGUGGGCAUAUAUGUGGUUAUGUUUUUGGAAAUACUGCAGACAUUGAUUAAAGUGCUGCUUGUAUUUUCCAUAUUGAUUAUUGCUUUCGGCCUGGCUUUCUAUAUACUGCUGUCCAAGAUAAUUGAUGCACAACCGAAUCAUUGGUCUUUUUCGAAUAUACCCAUGUCCUUGCUGCGCACCUUUUCCAUGAUGCUGGGCGAACUUGAUUUUGUUGGCACUUAUGUCAACACUUAUUAUCGUCAUCAAUUGAAAGUACCCAUGACCUCGUUCUUAAUACUAAGUGUAUUUAUGAUCUUAAUGCCUAUUCUGCUGAUGAACUUGCUUAUCGGUUUGGCUGUUGGCGAUAUUGAGUCGGUGCGUCGCAAUGCGCAGCUAAAGCGUCUGGCUAUGCAGGUCGUUUUGCAUACAGAAUUGGAGCGUAAGCUGCCACAUGUCUGGUUGCAAAAGGUGGACAAAAUGGAGCUGAUUGAGUAUCCAAAUGAUACAAAAUGCAAAUUGGGUUUCUUGGAUUUUAUACUACGCAAAUGGUUUUCGAAUCCUUUUACCGAGGAUUCUUCUUUGGAUGUCAUUGCCUUUGAUAACAGUGAGGAUCUUAUUAAUGCUGAGCUGGAGCGUCAGAGACGCAAGCUACGCGACAUUGGACGCAUGCUGGAGCAACAGCAUCAACUUUUGCGUUUGAUAGUGCAGAAAAUGGAAAUCAAAACAGAGGCAGACGAUGUGGAUGAGGGCAUAUCCCCGAAUGAGCUGCGCUCUGUCGUAGGCUUGAGUUCAGCUGGUGGCAAUCGCUGGAACUCACCGCGUAUACGUAACAAAUUGCGUGCCGCUUUGAGCUUCAACAAAAGCAUGUAGCUUAAGCACAGCUUCUAAACAAAAUAUAUAUACGUAAUACACACAAAUUGUUGCUGUUAGUAAUCAAAAAUUUAGCACAAAUAUUUAUGCAUAUUAACAACAAAUGGAAACGGCAGUGUGUAAGUUUCUGAAAGGAACGAAUUUAAUGUAACGAAUUUAAAGCGCAGCGUUUUUAAGUGCACAAUGCUCUAAAUAUC